CCGGUAUCAAAUCUUAUGCGUAUAAGUAAACACAUUGAUUGUGGGAUCCAUAUUUACUAACCAUGGAUAAUUUUAUACUAUAAUUUACAUGCAAAUAACCAUCUCUCACCAUUUGUUAGUCUAUAUAAUAUAGAUUAAGCUUCAAACCCAAAAAUACAAACUCACUCAAAACACAAUUAAAUUAGAGAGAGAGAGAGAGAGAUCGGGAAAAAUGGGUGCUUCCUAUCAAGAAUGUUCAUCAUUGCUUCUUCAAGAUCUCAAAGUAGCGAUCAAAGAAUCAUAUCUCAUUUUCCCAUCCGAAGAAACUUUAACCCAUGAGAGAAAACCUAUGUUCUUGUCCAAUGUCGACCAAGUUCUCAACUUUGAUGUCCAAACGGUUCAUUUCUUCCGACCUAACAAAGAUUAUCCUCCGGAGAUUGUGUCAGAGAUGCUGAGAAAGGCGAUGGUGAGAGCAAUGGACGCUUACGACCUUUUGGCCGGGAGACUUCGCCUGAACCCUAGCUCUGGAAGACUGAAUGUUGACUGUAACGGUGCCGGAGCUGGGUUUGUAAUGGCUGAGAGUGAGUACACUUUGGAGGAACUUGGAGAUUUGGUUUAUCCAAAUCCAGCUUUUGUUGAACUGGUUACAAGUCAGCUUCAAUCUUUGCCUAAAGAUGAUCAACCAUUGUUUGCUUUUCAGGUGACAUCAUUCAAGUGCGGUGGAUUUGCAAUGGGAAUCUCAACAAACCAUACAACGUUCGAUGGACUUAGUUUCAAAACAUUUCUCGACAACUUAGCCUCUCUACUAAGUGAUAAGCCCUCAUCAACACCACCUUGCAACGACCGUACUCUUCUCAAAGCUCGUACUCCACCACGUGUCACAUUCCCACACCACGAGCUUGUCCAACUCCAAGACUCGAACACAACAGUCUUCGAAGCCACUUCUGAGCACUUAGAUUUGGUGAUCCUCGUAUGAAAGCUCCUCAUUCUGUUCUUCAUCACUAAUCUCCUUGUGAGAGUCCAGCAUUUUCACAUAGGCAUCAUUUUUUUUGUUCUCAAUCAUUUGGACCUCUCUCUCAAUUGUUAAGGCAUGUUGUAGAGAGUCUUCAAGUGCCAAUUCCUCUAGAAGCUCAUCAGCUAAAACCUCCAUCUCCUCAAUGUAGAAGGUUUGGCUUUGAGUAAUAGGCUUCUUCAUCACCUCUUUGAUGUCAAAGUGAAGGAUGUUUCUCUUUCCAAGGUGAAGAUCAAUCUUCCCUUCCUUAACAUUCACAACUGCUCCUGCUGUAGCCAAGAAAGGUCUCCCCAAUAUCAAAGGAUCUGUUGGUUCUUCAUCCAUCUCCAACACCACAAAAUCUGUAGGAAUCUCACAAUUUCCAACCAUAACAGGGAGAUCUUCUAGGAUACCAAUGGAAAUCUUCACUGAGCGAUCAGCUAGUACAAGAGAGAGUCUACACUUCUUGUAUUGUGUAAAGCCAAGCCUUUUAGCAAUGGAGAGAGGCAUAAGGCUCACACUUGCUCCCAAAUCGCAUAGACACCUCUCAAAAGCAUAUUGCCCAAUGGCACAAGGUAAAGUGAAGCUUCCUGGAUCUUCAAGCUUCUUAGGGAUGGUUAGCCUUUGGAUAAUAGCACUACACUCAUGAGUAAGAACCACCAUGCCUUCCAUCUCCUUCUUCUUCUUAGUUACAGCAUCCUUGAGGCACUAGCAUGAAGGCAUCAAUUAUGGGCAUAGUAAUCUGAACUUCACUCAUUUGCUUCUCAAAUAAGGCCUUGUAUUGCUCCAAAAGCUGUCUCUUGAAUCUACCGGGAAAAUGAAGUUUUGGUUCAUAGGGAGGAGGAUUGAAUAGAGCUCCUUUUGAUGAAGUAUCAGCUUCAUUCUUGUUCUCCCCCUUCUUUUCUUCUCCAAGUUUACCCUUCUCUUUUGCUUCAACUAUUUUCUCCAAGAUCUC